AUGAACACAGCGACGAGUGCAUUCGACUUUGGCUCGUCGACGGCUUCGUCGGCGGCCACAUCGACGACGUCUUCACAACCAGAUGCCAAUGAUCAUCUGUCGAGACUAGCCGCAAUGACGCAAGGCGUCGGAAAAGAGGAUCCAGAGACAUCAUCCACCCCAUCAGCCGAAGCGAGUCUCUACCCAGUUUCAGCCGCCUACAUGCAGAGUUACGCCGGAUGGCCACAGAAUUACAGCUACUUUGGACAACCACUCGGACCGGCGGCGGCAGCUUUCCCUGGUUGGCCACAGUGCUAUCCGAAUCCAUCGUGGCCCAACUAUGCCUCCUCGAAAAAAGGUCGUCAAACAUAUCAACGAUACCAGACGUCAGUGCUCGAAGCCAAAUUCCAACAGUCCUCGUACGUGUCAAAAAAGCAGCGAGAAGAGCUCCGCCUCCAGACUCAACUAACAGAUCGUCAAAUCAAAAUCUGGUUUCAAAACCGUCGAAUGAAGGCGAAGAAGGAGAAGCAGAGGGUCGACGAUCACACGGAACACACGCCACUGCUGCCAGCGAAUCCGCCGAAAGGAAUGGGUAUGGAUGUGGAUGAUGAGAAGAAAUGGCAGAUGGCACACUGGCCACAGGGACAUAAUCCAUAUCAGUAUCCGUUGUGUCCGCCGUGA